GCGUGGAGAGGGGAGAUGGCACAAAACCCCUCCAUCACUGGCUCCACCACCAUGGCCCGGUUGUGGCUCCAUUUCUGCAUCUGCCUCCAGAUCCCAGGUUUCUGUGCAAAUGUCCUUUUAACCCAGACUCCAGAGCGUAUCGUAGCCCAAGCUGGCAAUGAAACAGAACUGCUGUGUGAGCUGCAGAGGGAGCAUGCUGGGGUGUACUGGUACCGCUGGAGCCAGGAGAAGCAAAACUUCGAGUUCUUGAUGUUUUUCAGCCCGUUGGGCAAAGCCACGUAUGGCACAAACAUCAGCCAGGAGAAGUUCAGUGUCCAUGGGACGAGCUCCCGCACCUCCUACAGCCUGCACAUCAGCCACCUGAAUGCCUCGGACAAUGGGAUCUACUACUGCUCCAUCUCCCAGUCCUCCCAGCUCCUCCUGGGCACUGGGACACGGCUCACUGUGGUUGAUGUUUUGUCUCUGCCUCCAAAGACCACUCAGGCACCCCUCUCCAAAAAGCCCCUGCGGUGUGUGACCAAAAGCAAAUCUCCCAUCAGGAAAGGUGCCUGCAGCCCCCUGGUCUGGGUCCCGCUGGCCACCACCGUCCUGGUCCUCCUGCUGAGCCUGGUCCCCGUUGCCCAUCGCUUCCAUCGUAUGAAGCGGAGGCUGUGGCAUCGCAUCCACAGGCAGUAAAUCCCACCGGCUCCUCGGGCAGGCAGAGAGAAGCUACAGACCCCCCCGCCUGGACGUGACUCAGGAAGGAUGUUACAGGCGACAGAUGUGCUUGUGCUGCAAGACAGACAUUUAUUCCCUGCAGCAGACCAUGACUU